GGUGGCUUCAUCUUGACAGACGGUUCUCCACACAUCCAGCACCCGCCCAAAUGCCAGCGUACGAAGUUGAACACAUCUGCUCUCUGAGCGAGUCCCAAAAGGACGAGAUUGCGGCCGCCAUCACCAAGAUCCACUGCAGCCUCUUCAAGGCGGCCCCCGUCUUUGUAAAUGUGCGCUUUACGGACAUAUCAAUCCACCACACGUACGUGGCGGGGAGAAAGUCCAAGAACAACCGCAUCUUCGCCAACCUGCGCUGGGGCCCAGAGCGAACGUCCAGCCAGAUCGACGACCUGUGCAACAGCAUCAUCGCCGAGUGGAAGAAGAUUGUCGGCGGCGAAGGUGACAAGUCGAUGAACUCGAUAUUCGUCCUUGGCAAUAUCAUCGGCGGCAUCGAGCACGGCUUCUCCGUGCCCCAGGCAGGGCACGACCGGGAGUGGGCAGCGCAGAAUCUGCCGGCGUUUAAGAAGCUGGCUGAGGAGGGCAAUCAGGACUACCAGGUGCUGGUGGAUGCCAUUGAAGGAGGGCAUGCGUUCCGAUAGGUGCCAAGUCGUGUGGUGUUUCGCAGAUAUGAGAUAGCCAGUUACAAAAUUCAGUGUUCAGUGC